CGGUGCUGCAGUGCGCCCGUUGUCCUCUCGUUCGCAGUCGUUUAAAAUAUAACUACCCAACCGUCCAACUACCCAACAAAAAUCGCGAAUCCGCUCACGCACGCACCCUAUUGCAAUUUAUUAUAUUAUAUGAUAAAGUUUUUUUUCGUCGAGAAUUUGACGUCGUCGGGGUUAAUAAUAUUAUUUAUGAUGGGCGUACGUAAAUAAUACUCGGGUAUAUAACUGUAUGAGGCCUAACCUAUAUACCUAUACAGUACACACAGCACGCGUCAUCGUUGUUACCUAUCUACGUGUUGCUGCACGUCAGCACAUCGGCAUUUUGAACAAUCUCGGGGCACGCGAGGGUGACCGUAUUUUAUACUAUAAUAGUAAUAAUAUUGAACCCCGCGACAAUUAUUAGACUGUAAUCUGCGUAAGUGUUUUUUUUUCUUCAACACAAAACACCAUGGCGGCGGAGGACUCGAAAAAAAAUUGUCUCGGUUUCAUCGACCUACGCUGUGGUACAAAAAUCAUAGCCAUAUUGAACAUAGUUGUUUUGUUCUUAGCCAUCGUAUUGAAUAUAAUAUUUUUGGCAAUGGUACUCGGAAUAAAGGCUCGUUUAUUAUCCUCGAGUAAUGAAGCCGAAGAAACCACAACCAAUAGAAUAAACACUAUACAUGGUUUAUGUGCUUCGUCAUUUAUGGAAAUUAUUCUUCUUUACUUUAACCUUCGUCUGAAGAAAUCAAUACAUGAACAAAAUGUUCAAAACAUCAAGCACUGGUUAGUGAUGUAUUUAAUGGUUUUGAUACAUAUAUUCAUUUACUACAUUAGUGCGGCCUUAGUAUCUGAUCAGCCAUUGUUUUUUUUGGGCAUUGGACUCAUCUCUAGUCUGAUCGUUUUAUUAAUGGUAUACGUUGUAAAACGUUUUUACCACGAUGAACUCGAAAACUUGGCCCCCAGCAACACUACAGACGACAAUAAUGUGACUACGUCACAGUCCGCAUAAAUAUGCAGAAAGAUCACAGAUCGACAAUGGAACCGAGAACUGGAUUCCAGAUGCAGUUGGACGCUGUACAUGCUCUGCUAGACACGCACAAAAUCUAAUAAUAUUGCUUGUUAUUGCAAAUGUCACUUGAUAUUUUUAGCCAAUAAACCAUAGUUUAUUUAUCAUAAUAUUAUCAACGCAACUAUUUUAAUUGAUGGUAUUAAGUAAAUGAAUUGUAUAAAAUACA